CUCUUCACCAGAGAGUGUGUUUUUUUAGGGUUAAAGCGCAGCUUUGAAAAGAGGGUUUUAGGGUUUGUGAAAAAUUCAAUUCAAUUCAUCAUGAGUGGGUCAAAAUUAACUGGGAAGGUGAAAUGGUUCAAUGAUCAGAAGGGGUUUGGAUUCAUCACCCCUGAUGAUGGUAGUGAGGAGUUGUUUGUUCACCAAUCUCAGAUCCAGACUGAUGGAUUCCGUUCUCUUGCUGAAGGUGAAUCUGUUGAGUAUCAGAUUGAGUCUGAUAACGAUGGAAGAUCCAAGGCUGUUAGUGUGACUGGUCCUGAUGGUGCUUCUGUUCAGGGAUCGAGACGCGGUGGUGGCGGCGGUGGUGGUUAUGAGCGUGGUGGAGGUGGUUAUGGUGGAGGCGGUGGUGGUUAUGGUGGUGGAGGUGGUGGUUAUGGUGGAAGAGGAGGUGGUGGCUAUGGUGGUGGUGGAGGUGGAUAUGGUGGAGGAGGUGGUGGUUAUGGUGGUGGUGGAAGAGGUGGAGGCCGUGGAGGAGGCGGUGGUGGAUGUUACAACUGUGGUGAGUCUGGCCACAUGGCGAGGGAGUGUACCAGCGGUGGAGGUGGUGGUGGUGGAAGGUAUGGUGGUGGUGGUGGUGGUGGAGGCGGUGGCGGUGGCGGUGGAAGCUGCUACAGCUGUGGUGAAUCUGGUCACUUUGCAAGAGAUUGUCCAACAGGCAGCGCUCGUUAGAUCUGAGUAAAGUGGUGGUGAUGGUGGUGGUUUAGUUGUUUCCGGAGUCGCUUUUUUGGUUUUGAUUUUAUCUUUUUUAUAAUUUGCAAUAGUUUUGUAGGGUUUUAUGCUGCUGGAUCUAUCUCUAUUGUGCGAACUCUUGGUUGGUUUUUAUAAUGAAUGAAAUGUGGGGUUAUUUUAAUUU